CGAUAACAGAUACGGGACCCUAAAUCACGUGAUCUCUUUCAUCAACACACUGUCGUGUGAGACUAGCAUUUCGAUCGACAGAGAUUCGCUGUAAAUCGUUAUGCUGGGUUUGCUUGCUUUGUUCGCAUUUUCUAUUGCCCUAGCGACCGUCUGCGUGGCAUCUCUCUACGUCAUCACAAAGCAUCGUCGCUUCAGUCACCUGCCGGGACCUCCGCUCUCCAGUUUCUGGUUCGGCCACCUCCCCCUCAUACGCGACUUCACCGCGUCCGGUCGUCCUCUGUCUCAACUCUGGUGCGACCUCUACGUCACAUACGGGCCUCUCUACGUCAUCUGGAUGCUCCAAUCAGAAGCCAUCCACGUGUGCGAUGCCGCCGAAGCGAAACGCUUGCUGCAAAACGCAGAAUCAGUAAUCAAACAUCAUCGUCCCUAUGCGGCAAUAAGCUUCGCAUACGGAAAUCGUUUCAUGGGUAACGGAUUAUUGACUCAACUCGAUCACCGGAAAUGGGAGCUACGUCACAAGCUGUUAAGCCCCGCCUUCCACAAACAAAAUCUAAUCAACAUGUUGGGGUCGUUCAAUGACGUCGUUGACGGGUUUAUUGAUCACAUACGGGACAUGUCGGUACAGGGAGAGACAGUCAGCAUGAGAGAUAUGUUUCCGAGACUCACGCUCGAUAUCAUCGGUAAGGUGGCUUUCGGACUGGACACGAACGAGUGUCGUGAGUGUAGUGUGACGUCGGAAAAUGUGAGAAUCAGACGUACGAUGGCCGACGUGUUGAGCAGCAUCGGCGAAUAUUACAGAAACCCGUUGACUUGGUAUCUACCGAUUUACAGAGAUUUGUGGCGACGUGCCAGUCGAGGGUGCGACGCGUUGAGAUCAACCGGUCGUCGAUGUAUCAUGCAACGCAAGAGGGAUAUCGUUGAUAGAGGCGAGUAUGGCAAUGAUAUCCUCGGGUGUAUCCUGAAGGCGGCCGCUCGUGAUAGAGAUCUUGUGGUGGACGACCUGAUCGAUGAGUUUGUGACAUUUUUCUUUGCCGGACACGACACGACGGGCGUCAGCUUGACGUUCGCACUCCACGAGUUGUUGGUUCACGACGACAUCAAACAGCGAGUUAUCAACGAAGCUGACCGGAUCUUUAAUGGCAAGACGCGACUCUCUCCGUCCGAUCUCUCGUCGUUGACGACGUUGAGCUGCACGAUCAAGGAAACUCUCCGUCUUCAUCCACCGGUUGUAUCGCUUGGACGUGUUCCCGUUUCGGACACGACAAUGUGUGGUCAUUAUAUCCCUUCUCGAAGCUAUCUCAGCCUCAGAUUUGAUGUCAUUCAUAACAGGCCCGACUACUGGUCACAUCCGGUUGAAUUCAACCCGGAUCGUUUCCUCACUUUAUCGACUGAAGGUCCAUUGCCUUACUUUCCGUUCUCUGGUGGCCCGCAUGUUUGCCUUGGUAAGCAGCUUGCUGAGAUAGAAAUGAAGCUUGUGCUCUCCAAGCUUUUCCAUACGUUUACGAUUAAUCUUGCGGAGGGUCAAGAUGUUGUGGAAAGCUACGAGGAGUUACUCCUAACUCCGAAGUCUCCCGUCGACUGCACUUUCAAAUGCAGAGAGAAAUGGCCACGAAGCAAGCAAGACUGAAUUACGUCACAGUGCAAGUUUGAAUUGAUAUCAACCGAGUUUCCACAGAUGUAACAUGCGGCUCUCACUGGUCUCUGAAUCUUUUAUCAGUUUUACAGCGGUACUUUCCAGUUGCUGAGACUGUGCUUGAAAAUUUGACUUUGUAUUUGAUUAAAUUGCCAUUUAAUUUAUAAAUCAACAAGAAGUGUACAU